CGUCACUCUUCCGUAAACGUUGUGUCGUUUUGGGAUGGUCCAGGCCUGCAGUCAGCCCUGGUCACCCGACAGACACCCAGUCCUCAACGGACCGGUGCUCCUCCUGCACCCAUGAUGCGCGUGCUGCUUGUGGUGCUGCUGGUGGCUGCCCUUACGCUCAGCCAGGGCCUCGCGCAAAGGCGCCGCUCCUGGGUGCCGCGGAGUACGCUGCGACAGCGUUCAGGGGACCUGGAGUCGGAGCCGGCCGCGGAGGAGCGUGGAAGACGGCGAGUGGAGUGCACCACCCUGGAUGGCCUGCAGGGUGUGUGCCGUCGGGCCAACCGCUGCCCGGCCGAUCGGUUGGCGCUCACCAACACCGAGACGGUCUGCCCCGGCGGCCGGCGGCGCGUCAAGAUCUGCUGCCCCCGCCGACGACAGGGAGGGAACCGAGGCGGUGGAUUUAACCAAGGAGGUACAACAAGUGAAAUAAACCUGGGAGGAAGCAUUGGUGGAGCAAGCCAGGGAGGUAGCGCCGGAGGUGGGUUCAGACAAGGCCGUCAGCAAAGAGGAAGACCGCAAGGACCCGGUGGCGGCAUUUUCCAAGAAAAUCGACCUAACCGUGAACAAGGCUUUGGUGGCGGUAGAGGCUCGUUUGGUGGCUUUCCCAGAGCCAGCUCCUCCAGGCAAUCUUUUGGCGGUGGCCCUCCAGGAGCCAACUCUCCUGGUCUGUCCCCUUCUCCACCUGGCACCUUUGGUCUGGGUUCCUCUGGCAACAACCCUACGGUCAGUUCACCAGGAGGAAGCCCCUCUCGGGGUAGUUCCGUGGGACGCGGCACCACCGGAGGUGGCUUCUUUGUAGACGUCCCUUCUAUCAACGGCUCCCCAAGUGACGGAUCCUUAGGAGGUAGAUUUUCUGGAAAUGGCCUCCCUGGAAGAGGCUCCUUUGGAGGAGGCUCUUUUGGAAGACCCAGCUCCCCUAGGCCUAGCUCUUCGGCAGGUGACCGCUUAGGAAGCGGUGCUUCCCCUGGAGGUGGUUUCCCGGGACCAAGCCCCACUGAAGGUAGUUCUUCUAGUUUAACCUUUCCUGAAAGGGGAUCCUUUGGAGGUGGGUCCUUUGAAGAUCGUCCGACUGGAGGACGCCCAGCUGUAGCUGGUUCUUUCGGUGUAAGUCCACCACGAGGUGGUACCUUUGGAGGUACUGUCUCUUCAGUACCUGGCUCUACUGGAAGGGUCCCAACUGGAAGUGGCUCUGAUGGAGUCGGCUCCUUUGGACGUGGUCCCCCCGCUCAUGGCGCCUCUCGCCCUGACUCUUCAAACUAUGACUCUUUUGGAAACAGCUUGUCUGCGAGUAGGCCCCCUGGGGUUGACUCUACUGAAGAUGGCUCUUUCGGACCUGACACCCCUGGGCAAGUCAUUUUUGGAGCUGGCCGAACUGACAAUGAGGGUGGAUCGCUUGGUGGAGGCUCUUCUGGCAACAGCUUAUCUGGUGGUGGAGAAGUUCAUCCCACAUCAAAACCCCACGAAGACGUCUCAGAGGAUGCAGCUGUACUCACUUCUGACGGCUCUGGAGAAUGCGGUCGCUCCACGCCGCUGACGAUCUGGAGCAGGCGGAGAAGGGCGGCCCAGGACGGCCCCAGCCAGCCUGACAAGCCCACGACUCCGUCACUUUUCGAGAUUCGCAUCGUGGGCGGCAAGAACGCGGAAAUCGGCAAAUGGCCCUGGAUUGCUCUCAUCGGAAGCAAGCAGGGUUCCAGGCCGCCGUUCUGGUUCUGCGGUGGUACUCUGAUCGCUAGUCAGUACGUGUUGACGGCGGCCCACUGCCUCAAGCCACGCGCCGUCAACGUGGCCCAUCUUGUGAUCCGGCUGGGAGAGCAUGACACUUCACGUACCGAUGAGGGAACCAUCCUACAGGAUCUGGGCGUGCUGUCCUUCGCAAACCACGAAAACUUCCAAUUCCCGGUGCUCCAUGACGACAUAUCGCUCAUCAAGCUGGAGCGGCCGGUCGUCUACACCGACUUCAUCAAGCCAGUCUGCCUGCCGCCCGCGCCCGAAGGCGACUACGCUGGCACUGUGAUCGAUGUGGCCGGCUGGGGAUACACAGAAUUCAAGGGCGAGUCCAGUGAGAUACUGCAGGAGGUGAGCCUGCCGGUGGUCGGCAUCCAGGAGUGCCAGUCCAAGUACGAGUCGUCGUCCAGCUUCCAGGUCCAGUUUCCGGGCGGCUUCGGCGAGACGAAGCUGUGCGCCGCCGAGAAGGGCGGCGGCAAGGACGCGUGUCAGGGCGACUCUGGAGGGCCGAUGGUGCGUCAGCUGGCCGACGGCCGGUACGAGCUGGUAGGCGUGGUGUCGGCCGGCGUCGGCUGCGGCACGCCCGGGUUCCCGGGCCUGUACACUCGCGUCAGUGCCUACCUCGACUGGAUUCGACAGAAAAUGGUGUAACUGCUGGUGGCAGUGCGCCAUCCGGAUCGAUUCAGGCCGAGUAGUGUCGCGGUGGCCGGCUGUCGGCCACGACCGAGCAGGGGUGGGAGGCCUACCACGUGCAGAUCCGACCGCUGAAGCAGGGGGGCAGGCGAGUCCCGCACAGACAAUCUGGUGGUAUGUCACAUCGGUGGCCUAUGUGGUGGCUCGUUGUGGUGUGCUCGUUUUCCGCAAACUCGCCUUUAUGCAUUCCUACACUCGAGUCUGCCAUUGCAUUUCACAGCUUCUCCCCUUUACUUGCAUUCAUGGCUCGAUUAUUGCGUGACCUGCAUCAUUUGCACUGGUCCCUUUCGGAACCAUAAAUCGCCAGGGAUGUUUUUCAUCUGGAACGUGUUGUCGUUGUCUGUCAAGACUCAGCGGACCUUUAUUAAACUUUGAUGCAUGUUCGGCAAUGCUAUGCCAGGCCGCGCCGAUGUUCUUGUGUGCGAUGGCGUGUGUCGGACGACCGCAUGUCUUAAAAAAUUACGAAUAAAG